GCGGUCCGGUGUGAGGGAGGCGGCCAUGAACGCGUUCGGGGCUGCGGCACCGCUCCCGGGCUCCUCGGCCGCGGCGGGGGCCCGGCACGGCGGCGGCGAGAGCGUGGAGAAGAUCGACAUGUCCCUGGAUGAUAUCAUCAAGCUGAACAAGAAAGAAGAGAGAAAGCAAUAUUCUCCCAAAAUAAAAAGAGGGCUUCAGCAGAAUCGAGCUCAGCAGUUCAGUUCACAAGGCUCCAAGUGGGGAAUGCAACAGCAGAAAGGUUAUGGAAAGAAUCGUUUGGGGCGCAGAAAGAAGAUAGCAGGGAAGAAGCGUUCUUAUGGAGUCAUAACUGGCCUGGCAGCCAAGAAAGCUCUGGGUUCACACAAAGGAAUCAGUCCUCUGAACAGACAGCCACUGAGUGAAAAGAAUGCACAGCGGAAUUACCCAGUCUUGAAAAGGAAAACAAACCUGCAGAGACAAUCUGAAAUGCAGAGAAAACAAGCUCCUGCCCUCAGGAGGUCUGCCCUGCUAAACAGGAGGAAUAACAUGUCAUCUACGUUUGUCAGAAUUGGAAACAAACUGAAUCAACAGAAAGAUACUCGUCAAGCAACUUUCCUGUUUAGAAGGGGCCUGAAGGUGCAGGCCCAAGUGCAGUCAACAGAUGAUCUUGAUAAUCAGACAGUAAAGAGAACUCGUCAAUGGCGAACUUCUACCACAAGUGGAGGGAUCCUGACUGUGUCUAUUGACAACCCAGGAGCAAUCAUAAGCCCAGUGUCCCAGAAAUUACGAUUAACACGUAGUCCUGUGCCAUCGUUUCUGAUGAAGAGGGACCAAUCUGAAGAGAAGAAGAUUCCAAAAGGGGUUCCAUUGCAGUUUGAUAUAAACAGUGUUGGAAAACAGACAGGGAUGACGUUGAACGAGCGAUUUGGGAUCCUGAAGGAGCAGAGGACAGCGCUGUCUCAGAACAAAGGAAGCCGUUUUGUAACAGUGGGCUAACCUGGCAGAUGGACUUGGGCACUGAGCCCACCUACCUAAGUCCCUGAAAUAGAAGUGGGCAGAAGAAUACAGCAUAUGUCACUAGAAUUCUCCAGACAUCUUGCUAAGAUGGUGGCAGAGCUAUCUCUCCUUAUUACUUUUACUUGGAAUGGUAAAAGACUUUAAUGCCCUGAGGGAGAAAAGUGGAAAGAAACUGAUCCGACAUAGUGGCACCAUCACCUGUUUGGAAAAGAUUCUGUUGCCCAGCUGAGUUCUUUGACCCCUCUGUUAUGGUAAAGAUUGUUUAAGUGUUUAAUUACAAACCCCAUUUUAGGGUUUUUUAGGGACUGCCUUUGAGCUCUUUCAGAGACCAGUUUAGCACAGAGCCUCAGUCCGUGGAUACUUUGGUAGCGAUGUAGCGGCAUUUUUCAUGGGAGCAUUGGUUCUGUACUUCUUUGUGCUUUUAAAGUUCCAUUUUUUUCCUUUCUUGAAAACUGUUUUGCAUCCUCACAUUCACAAAUAAAGCUGUUAGCUGAGACCCAAAA